UCGACUAUUCUCGGUUUUUGAGGUUAUAAAAUGAAAUUUUCAGUUUUCUAAAAUGACGAAACUUUUAUGGGGCUGUCAAGUCAUCAAAACAUCGACCCGAAGAAUCAGCAAAUAUGUGGAUAAAGACAGAACGGGUAGAGCCAUCCGACAAAAAUUCCUCGAUUACUUCAUUAACAAAAACAACCAUAACUUUAUCAAAUCAAGCCCGGUGGUCCCUUUUUGUGACCCUACCGUAGCUUUUGUAAAUGCCGGCAUGAAUCAGUUCAAGGGAAUUUUCAUGGGGACACAGCAACCUCAGUACAAAAAGGUGGCAAAUUCACAGAAAUGUAUCCGGGUCGGGGGUAAACACAAUGAUUUGAAUGUUGUCGGAGGCGAUGGUUAUCACCACACAUUUUUUGAAAUGUUGGGGAAUUGGUCGUUUGGAGAUUACUUCAAGCAAGAGGCAUGUGAAUUGGCAUGGAAAUUAUUAACACAAGAAUAUAAAAUACACCCCUCCAGGUUAUAUGUUACCUACUUCAAAGGUGACCCACUUUUGGGGAUUAAUGAAGAUUUAGAAACCAAAGAAAUUUGGAAAGCAAUUGGGGUGUCAGAAGAUAGGAUUUUACCAUUUACAUCAAAAGACAAUUUUUGGGAAAUGGGGCUUACUGGUCCUUGUGGUCCUUGUACUGAAAUUCACAUUGACCAUACAACGUCAAAUAAUCGGGCAAAACUAGUCAAUAAAGGACUACAUGAUCUCACUGAACUCUGGAACUUAGUUUUUAUUCAAUAUAAUCGAAAAAGCAAUGAAUCAAUUGAUUUACUCCCUGAAAAACACGUCGAUACGGGUAUGGGUUUUGAGAGACUAACUGCAGUUCUUCAGGGGAAAACAAGCAAUUAUGAUACUGAUAAUUUUACUUAUUUACUUAAAGCAAUACAUAAGAAUUGCAGCAAAAUUCCUGAAUAUCAGGGGAAGUUUGGUGAAAAUGACUGGAAUAGUUUGGAUGCGUCCUACAGGAUAUUGGCAGAUCAUGCAAGAAUGGUGACUGUGUGUCUUGCUGAUGCAAUGAUUCCUGAACAGAACCAAAAAUUAAGACGUAUAAUGAGAAGGUCUUUCUUGCUAUGUGAAAAUGUUUUCAAUAAAGACAAGGGGUUGCUUAAGGAACUUUCGAACUACGUAAUUGAACAUUUGGGGUGUGUUUAUACCGAAUUGGAACGUAACGUCAAACAGAUACACCAAAUUAUCGAUUAUGAAGAGGAAGUUUAUAAAUCAGUGCGCAAACAAGCCACGGAAGAAUGGAACAAACUAGCCAAAAACCAGCCCCAACUCCUCUCACUUGAUAUAAACGAAAACCCCACUCUAGUAGCCGGGUAUAAAGAGAUCAAGACUACCAACCCAAAAUUUAUCGACGCUCAACUCGCAUUUAAACUCUAUGACACGUUCGGUUUGGAUGAAGAAUCCAUAUCCAGUUUGGCACAAAUCUUGAACUUACCUUUUAAUGCUUCCGAUUUACACAAACAGCUUGAACUUGCAAAAAUUCGGAGUAAGGAUCAGGGUCUAAUGUCGGGUCCUAGCGUCUAUGACCAACUUAACAAAGCUAAAGUCCCUAAAACCGACAGGACUGGUUUAUAUUGUUAUGAAAAGAAAAGUGGAAAGUACGUUUUCGACAACUUGGAUGUCCGUAUUUUGAAAAUCAUUAAAGAUUCUAAAUUGGUCCGAGAAAUCGAGUCGGAAAAUUUCUGUUCUUUGGUUCUAGACAAGUCCAAUUUUUAUACAGAGGCCGGAGGGCAAAUCAGCGACAGAGGCACGAUUCAAUUUGGUGAUUACAUGUUUGAAGUGACUGAAGCACAAGACUGUAACGGGUACAUUUUGCAUAAAGGGUUUCUUCGUUCAGGGGAGAGUGGGCGUGUUAAGGUGGGUCAAACUGGUACCCUGAAAAUCGACUCUGAUUUUCGUCUCAAAAACAUGAGAAAUCAUACAGCUAUUCACUUGUUAAACUCAGUAUUAAAAAAAGUGAAAGGCGCAACAUGCCAGAAGUCGAGUAAAGUCACUCACAAUUAUUUCAAUUUAGACGUUGGAAUCUUUGACGAGAAAUUGUCAUUUGAUGAGUUAGAAUCAGUAGAGAGUGUGAUAAGAAAAGCAAUUCAGAGCCAUCUGCCUGUUACUAUAACCGAGUUGGAUAGUCAAAAAUUGACCACUUUGGAUGAAAUUAUUUUAAUCCCAGGUGAAGUGUACCCAGAAACUGGGAUCAGAGUGGUGGAAGUUAAGAGUUGUGAAGGAGUUUUGUCACGUGAGCCAUGUUGUGGUACCCAUGUUUUGAAUACAAGUGAUAUUGAGGACUUUUGCAUCGUCAGUAUGAAGUCACUAGGGAGAAGUACUACUUCUAUUUAUGGUGUAACGGGAUAUAAGGCUAAAGUGGCCAGAAGCAACGGAAUAGAACUCUUAAAUAAUUUGGAAACUCUUGGGAAAAGCGUUUCAGAUAAUAUUGAUAAGCCUGAUGUGUUAAACAUGGCAAUAACAUCUUUUAAGAAACAAUUGAAUUACAGUGUUGAAGACGAGAAUAUUUUACCGGUUAUUGUAAAACAACAAUGCGCCGAUAUUUUGAAUAAAAUUAGUAAGCAAAUUAAGGAUUCAGGCAAGAGAAAUUUAAGAGAGUUCAUUGAAAUUGAGAUGCGUAACGCUAUGGAGUCAAAUGUUUCACACACAAAAAAUAAUCGGAAAUAUAUGGUACACUACUUACGCACUUCACUUGUUUUGGAAAACGUUUCGUUGCAAAAAGCGACAAAUUUAUGUCCUGACAUUCCUGUUUUGAUAAUUUCUUAUUCUGAUAAUACAGUAAAGGCCCGUUGCUGCGUUCCUGGGAAUAUGAAAAAUGCCUCUUUUGAUGCUGAAAAAUGGAUGAGGGAGACCGUCGCAGCGAUUUUUAAAUGUUCUCUUGUCCCUUCCAAGGGUUACGACCCCUCUGUUGUGUGCAAUAUGAAAGCCAAGCGAAUUAAAUUAGAAGAUUGGGAUCCUUUGUUGCAAGAAAGUCUCGAAUUGGCUAAGAAAUUCGCCGAGCAGAAUUUGUAGUAGAGAAAUAAGAUUGUUUUUUUUUUAAUAAACACUUAUUUAUUUUUAUUAAAUACAUAGUCAACAAGCUUAACAUUUAAGCAACAUGAAAGUUCGA